AUGGUCCCUAUCUGGCUCAUCUCCUGGGCCAUCCUCCUGCCUGUCUACUCUGUCGGUACAUCCACCGCCACGAGUGACAGCCUCACGCAAUUCGAGUUUGGAAACGUAGGGUCCAACGCCCAGGCACGGCUCUGGGCUCCGUUGAUCCUCGCAUGGGUGUUCACAAUCUGGAUUCUUUGGAACAUCCGCUCUGAGAUGGCACACUUCGUCCACACUCGCCAGCGAUGGCUUAUCGACCCAUCCAAUUCGGACACAGCUCAGGCGAACACCAUGCUCGUGGCCGGUGUGCCCCAACGGUAUCUCACGGAAGCAGCGCUGAAAGGCCUCUUCUCGUAUCUGCCUGGAGGUGUGGCGAAGGUCUGGCUCAACAGAGACCUCAAGGACAUGCCAGACCUGUACGAGCGCCAAGUCAAGGCGUGCAAGAUGCUCGAGUCUGCCGAGACGAGUCUCAUCAACAGCGCCGUCAAGCUGCGCAACAAGCGCGUCAAGAAGGAGACGAAGGUCGCGAAGAAGGCGGCCAAGAAGGGCAACCCGCCGCCGUUCGCUGGGGACCCGUCCUCGGACGACCGCCAUCUGACCGACCCCAGCAUCACGGACACGGAGCGCGGCGAUCCCUACGCGGACAAGCUCGUUCCACGCAAGAAGCGCCCCACGCACCGUCUCCCCCUCCUCUCGUUCCUGCCCUCCCUGCCCCUCAUCGGGAAGCAGGUCGACUCCAUCGACUGGGCGCGCGAGGAGAUCGCCGUCACCGCCGAGGAGCUCCGGAAACACCGGCGGGAGCUCGCGCGCGAGGUGGCGAAGGGCCACAACGUGCCCCCGGCCGUCGACGAGACCAAGCAGGACGCGCUCAAGCCGGCCGCGGACGGCGAGACGCAGUAUCCGCCGCUGAACUCCGCGUUCGUGCUCUUCAACCAGCAGAUUGCGGCGCACUUGGCCGCGCAGAGCCUGACGCAUCACGCGCCGUACCGCAUGGCGAACAAGCAGGUCGGCGUCGUCCCGGACGAUGUCAUCUGGAGCAACCUGAACAUGAACCCGUACGAGGCGAAAGUGCGGACGGCGCUCAGCUGGGCCGCGACGCUUGGGUUGAUCAUCCUGUGGUCGUUCCCUGUCGCCUUCGUCGGUGCCGUGUCGAACGUCGCGUCGCUGUGCACGACGUACAAAUGGCUCGCGUGGCUCUGCAAGCUGCCGUCCCCGGUCAUCGGCAUCAUCUCCGGUAUCCUGUCCCCCGUCCUGCUCGCGGUGCUGAUGAUGCUCCUCCCGGUCGUCCUGCGGAUCUUCGCGAGGUUGGAGGGCAUGACGACGCGGACCUCCGUGGAGCUCAGUCUCAUGAACCGCUUUUUCAUCUUCCAGAUCAUCCACUCGUUCUUGAUCGUGACCUUGGCGUCGGGCAUCAUCGCCGCGUUGCCGCAGCUUGUGGAGAACACGGGCUCCAUUCCCGCUACCCUCGCGAGGAAUCUGCCUAAGGCAUCCGUGUUUUUCCUCUCUUUCAUCAUCCUUCAGGGUUUGUCCGGAACGGCGACGGGCUUCCUUGCCUACGUGACGCUGGCGAUGUACUACGUGAAGUUGUACCUCACUGGUAGCACCCCUCGGUCGAUAUACAACAUCAAGUACAAGCUUCGCUCCGUCCAGUGGGGCGCGACCUUCCCGACGGUGACCCUCAUCGUGUGCAUCACCUUCGCGUACUCCGUAAUCUCGCCGAUUAUCAACGGUCUCGCGAUGUUGACGUUCUUCCUGUACUACUUGUUGUGGAAGUACCGCUUCCUGUGGCAGCUCGGCCAGCCGCGCUCGUCCGAGAGCGGGGGGCGCUUCUUCCCGAAGGCGCUCCAGCACAUGUUCGUGGGGCUGUACAUCGAGGAGAUCUGUCUCGCGGCGCUGUUCUUCCUUGCGCAGGAUGGGAACGGGAAGGCAAGCGCGGUGCCGGAGGGCGCGUUGAUGAUUGUGUUGAUCAUCUUCACGGCGUUCUUCCAUAUCAUCCUCGACAACUCUUACGACCCGCUGAUCCAGGCGCUCCCGCUGACGCUCGCGGACGAGGACCGGGAGGUGGACAACAACCGCCGCGUGGCGGAACAGGAUCUGCGCGACGACGCGUCCGUGACGAGCAUGGACGCCGCGCAGGCGGAGAAGCGCCACGACCAGGAGAUGCGCGCGCGCAACGGGUCGCAGGGCUCGGGCGACACGGGCAAGGCGCGCUCCAAGACCUUCGAGCGCGUCGAGGACGGCGCGGACGUGGUCCCAGAUCCGAACUCGCUCGCGCCACGCGACGCCGGGGAGAACCACCGGCUGAGCCAGCUCAGCGUGGCCGGCAUCGACGAGGAGGAGGGCCCGAAGGACUUCUACCACCCGGCGAGCGUGGAGCCGCAGCAGACGAUCUGGGUGCCGCGCGACCCGCUCGGACUGUGCGAGGCGGAGGAGGCGGCGAUGCGCGAGAGGGGCAUCCGGGUGUCGAGUGCGGAGGCGCGGAUGGACGAGAAGGGGCAUGUGGACAUCUCGGGGGCGCCGCCGGAUGAGAGCGGGGUGGAGCGGUGA